AGCUAAAAUGAUUUAUAAAAUGACAUAUUUGCAAAACACAGCUUCUAAUAAUUAUAGUGAUUUCUCUGAUCUUUUUUUAGAGAAUAAUGAAUUGAUGCAGGGCUAUGACUGUUUUCUUAAGGAUAAUCAAGCUCAUACCAUGAAUAAUCAAGAUGAAUUUGAGCAAUAUUUAAGGGAUUUGCUUGUUCCGCGUUCUGGUUCUGGAACAUUUGAUGCCUUAGUGUGGUGGAAGGAAAAUAAAUCGAAGUAUCCUUCUGUAUCAUAA